GCUAUAGAUGUUGCUAGAACGAAAGCUUUACGUAUUGACUUUGACAAAUUUGCUCCAGUGAAACCGUCGUUCCUUGGUCGAAAGGAGUUCCUGGACUUUGACCUCAGUAAGCUUAUCCCAUAUAUUGACUGGAAGCCAUUCUUUGAUGUCUGGCAACUGAGAGGGAAGUAUCCGAACAGAUCAUAUCCGAGGAUAUUCAAGGAUGAGCAAGACGCCCAAAAAUGGCUAAGCAACAUAAUCAAAGAGAAGAAGCUUAAGGCAAAUGCCGUUAUAGGAUUUUUCGAGGCUGGAUCUGUGGGAGAUGACAUCCAUAUUUUCGAAAACGGGAAGGAAAAGGCAAUUUUCUAUGGAUUACGACAACAGUCUGGACGUGAACACGAUCAACCGCAUCUUUGUAUGAGCGACUUUGUGAAGCCUUUACAUGAUGGUGGGAGAUUUGAACUUUGCGGAACAGGCUCAUACUAA